CGCCGCUCUGCCCGGUGACCGCUGCCCUCCGCCUCGACCCGCGCAGCGCCCGCGGCAUUGUUCAGUCUGGUUUGAAUGAGACACUCUACGGUAAAGGCCCUCUCCAGCAUUCCCAUCGAUAGGGCUGGACAAGAUGCCAAAGCAGAAAAAUGGCCCGAAAGAAGAUUCUGCUAUCCAGAAUGACCUCAAUGAAUCGUUUGAGGAAGAAGUUAGAGCAUUCCUCAGUGAUGAAGAGAAACUGCAUCUUUUUGACGACCUCACAAAGGUUAAUCCGGUGACAACUACAACAGUUCUGAAAUGUCUUCAAGCAAGAUAUACAGUAAACUUGUUUUAUACAAAUGCUGGCUGCAGCCUGGUGGCUUUAAAUCCGUUUCAGCCUGUCUCCUACCUCUAUUCACCAGAGCUUAUGAGAGAGUACCAUGUUGCACUUCAUCCUCAGGAUUUAAAACCUCACAUCUUUGCAGUGGCUGAGCAAACCUACCGAAACGUCCAAAGCCAGAUAGCCCCUGUAAACCAGUCUAUAAUUGUAAGUGGAGAAAGUGGUGCUGGGAAGACCUGGACAUCUCGCUGCCUUAUGAAAUUCUAUGCUUCUGUUGCUGCUCCGGUUAUCUCCCCUAAAGGCAAUGAAACUGUGGAAAGGAUAGAGAAAAGAGUGUUGGAUUCAAACCCUGUCAUGGAAGCAUUCGGAAACGCAUGUACCCUGCGGAAUAACAACAGCAGCCGUUUUGGAAAGUAUAUCCAGCUUCAGUUAGACAGGUGUCACCAUCUGACUAGUGCUUCCAUUCAGACUUUCCUUUUGGAGAAGACCAGAGUUGCUUAUCAGGCCCCCAAUGAAAGAAACUUUCAUAUUUUUUAUCAGAUCACAAAAGGUGCUACUGCAGAGGAGAGGUUGGAAUGGAACCUUCCAGAAGGGGCUGAGUAUUGUUGGCUGCCAAAUUCUGAAAGGAACUUAGAUGAGGACUGCUUCGAGGUGACCAGAGAUGCAAUGUUUCACUUGGGCAUUGACCACUCCACACAGAACAAUAUUUUCAAGGUACUUUCAGGCCUUCUUCAUCUUGGGAAUGUUCAAUUCUCUAAUCCAGUGGAUGAAUCUCAGCCUUGUGAACUAGAAGACAAAACCAAAGACUCUGUGAAGACUGCUGGAGCUUUGCUGCACAUCCCUGUUGAGGAGCUCCUGGAGUCACUAAGGAUUCGAACAAUAACUGCUGGAAAACAACAACAGGUCUUCAAGAAGCCAUGCUCCAGAGCCGAGUGUGAGACCAGGAGGGACUGCCUUGCCAAAGUGAUUUAUGCCAAAUUGUUUGAGUGGCUCGUUUUGGUCAUAAAUGAAAGCAUCUAUGCAGAUCCAUCAGCAUGGACCAACUUCAUAGGUUUGUUGGAUGUUUACGGUUUUGAAGCCUUCCCUGAAAACAACUUGGAACAGCUGUGUAUUAACUAUGCCAAUGAGAAACUGCAGCAGCACUUUGUAGCGCACUAUCUGAAAGCACAACAGGAAGAAUAUGCAGCUGAAGGCUUACAGUGGUCUUUCAUCGACUACCAGGAUAACCAGAAGUGCCUUGAUCUGAUAGAGGGCAAUCCCCUCAGCAUUUUUUCUUUGCUGAAUGAGGAGUGCCGUCUGAACAGAUCCUCUAACACUGACCUCUUUCAAACUCGGAUUGAGAAGGCCUUGUCUAAUAAUCAAUGUUUAAGUCGAAACAAGUUUAGUAAGAAGCCUAACUUUAUUAUUUCACAUUAUGCUGGCAAAGUCUGUUACCAGUUGGCAGCAAUGGUGGAGAAAAAUAAGGACCCCAUUGCACCAGAACUGGUCCAGGUUCUGCAGAAUUCAAAGGACCCUUUGCUUCAGAAAUUAUUUCCUGUGACAGAAAGGAACCAGAAUAACAUCAAACCCCAGAACAGAGCAGCUGUGGUGACAGUGGUGGCCAAGUUCAAGGGUUCACUUGAGCAUCUCAUGGAGAUUCUGAAUAGCACCACACCACAUUACAUCCGAUGCAUCAAGCCUAACGCCGACUGCAAGGCAAUGACUUUUAAAAGAGAAGAGGUUCUCAGCCAGCUUCAGGCGUGUGGAAUUGUAGAAGCCAUCACCAUCAGUGCAGCAGGCUUCCCUGUUAGAAUCCCUCUCCAGAGUUUCACUGAGCGCUAUGAAAUACUGAGAACAUCACGUGGAUGCAGUAAAAACAGAGGCUGUGAUAAAAGCAACUGUCAUACUGCUGAGCAAAAUGGCAAGCCUCCAGUGACGGAUGAUGACAGAGCAUCACGCUCCCUGGUUUUUGAGAUCCUUCAGAAUGUGACUGGACAAAGUGCUGCUGAGCAGACAGGGAACAGAGCAGAAAACACGUCAGUGUACUGCGGCAAAACCAAAGUAUUUAUGGCAAGUUCUGUGCUGGAGCAGCUGGAAGCUAGAAGAGCAGAGGUGCUAAAUGAGAAAGCAUUUUGCAUUCAGUGUUGCUGGAGAAGAUUUAAGCAGAGGAAACUAGCAAAGGAGACGUGGUCUGCAACUGUCAUCCAAGCAGCUGUUCGUUCCUGGUUAGCCAAGAAUCACUUCCAAAGGAUGCGCAGGGCUGCUCGUGUCAUUAAGCAUGGCUGGAGGAAAUGGAAAGCAAAAAUGGCUGCGUUAGCAGCAGCAGAAUUGGAUGAGGGUGAGGAAAAGGGGUUCUCCGUUCCUGGAGCUACGCUGAUCUCAGCCAAACCACCUUGCUCUUUGGAAACAACUUGGCCUCUGCAGGCAAUAAUUCAGUUCUGGCCUCUUGGCCUUGUCCUGGCUGCUGCACCCGUUACUGUAACAGGGCCUCGGAGGGACCUGUCCUUGCUGGCAUGCCUCAAAGUGCUUCAGGAGAAUGACUGCUACAAGGUGGAAAGCUGUUUCUUUGGCUGUGGCAUCACCUCCAUUAGAGCUCUCCCACAGGGGUCUGUCAAGUUCCACUGUAAGAAGUCUCCCCUGCAUUACGCAGAUGUCAGCCCCCACACGGAUGCCCACUCCAUCACUGGAUUUAACCAGAUUUUAUUGGACAGAAAAAAACUCCUUCCAACAUAGCUUUUGGCCAUCUUAUUGGACUUUUUCCUUCAGGGAAGGGCUGUCUGCAAGCUGCUGCUUUCAAAUUACUCAACGUCCAUAUCUGCUGCUACCUCAGAGCUUUCUGUAUCAAUGCAUUGUAUGUAUAAUAUGCUUCAAAUUUAAAAUGGGGGGACAUUCCUCCUCUCACACACAUGCACAUAUUAGAGGAAAUAUCAGUACUAUGAGAAUAUUCAACAUAAUUAAAAGAAAUCAAAUGCUUUAAGCAGUAAAUACUUGAAGUGAACACUUCUGGCACCACCUGGGAGAAGUAAGAGGCUGAUAAUGAGCGAGCAACUAAGGCAAACAUUUCUGAUACAUGCUGGAUUCCUGUUGGGGGUCAGUAACAUAACACUUCUGACUGUGACUGAAGGAUGAGUAGCAGCCAACUGUAACACUAAAGGCAGAUGUCUCAGGGAAAAGCAAGACUGAACAUUUGUUUUUUAUCUAUACAACCAAAAUACAUGUAUCCUCCCAGCUGCCAUGCAUUUCUAGGACGCCCUUGUCAACAGCAUGGCCUCUGCCAUGGGGCCAGGGUUUUCCCCAGAGGUGCUCUACACUGCCUGUUUGCUGCUUGUAUCAGCCUUGAAAGUGUUCAGCUCUCCUGUGUAUAUGCCACUUUUAAAUAAACCAUUGAAUACCUUAUAAA